AUAAAAGCUAAGAGAAGAGCAAUGAGAAAAACUUCUUUACCUAUUUUAAUUUUAUUUAUAGUUGUACUAGUUACGUUCUUAUCAUAUAAUUUUAAAGAAGAUGUAAAAAGGAAUACUAAAGAUAAGGCUUUUGUAAAAGUUGAUAAAGAAAACGAUGGAAGAGACAAGAAAAUCGGUCUGAAGUCGCCUGAAGGUAGAAUAACAUCUUUACUAGAAAAGUCAAACCAUAGUUUAGUCCCAAAUAUUGUUCAUUAUGUAUGGUUCUCUGUUGAUGAACGGUUGAAAUUUCACCAAAUGAUUAGUAUCCGUUCAGCAUAUUUAUUUAUUAAACCGGAAAUGAUUAUUUUACAUUGUGAUAACGAACCUGUAGGUCGUUGGUGGAAAUAUGUUAAGAAUUUUGUAAAAACUUUGAUAAUAAGAAAGACAACCCCUCCCAGGGAAAUUCUAGGAAAGAGGCUAGUCAAAGUAGAACAUCAAUCUGAUAUUGCAAGAAUCCAAAUAUUACAGCAGUAUGGAGGAAUUUAUUUGGAUUUUGACGUAAUAGCUUUAAAAUCAUUCAAAAAUUUACGAUAUUAUAAUUUUACUAUGGGAUUAGAAUAUUUCGGGACUCCUGGGAGAUUAAACAACGGGAUAAUUAUAUCUGAGAGAAACGCAACUUUCCUUCGAAUGUGGUUAGACAGCUAUAAAACAUUCAAUCCUUCCGAAUGGGAUGAGCAUGAUUGUCAAGAACCUUAUAAAUUAAUGUUUAAAUAUCCACACCUUGUUCAUAUUGAGGAGAAGACUCUAAAUUAUCCUUCUGGAAAGCCUACUGAAUUAAAACUAAUUUAUGAAGGUCUUUAUAAUUGGACUGCCAAUUAUGCAAUUCACACUUGGUAUAGAUUAUACGAAUUAGAACAUGGCCCAGAUUCAAUUAAAACAAUGAAUACUACUUACGGAGAAAUCUGUAGAUUGAUCUAUUAUGGAAAUUCAACUUUAAUUAAGCCAAAAACUCGGUUAAAGGGUUAGUCAACGACUGGGUAUUCUAUUUCUGGACAUCGUAAUAGAAUCUAUCUAAAAUUAUCUGGUAAUUAUAGAUUAAUUUUUUACCUGGGAAUAUAAUAUAAUAUGCUUUAAAAGCGAUUUUCUUGGAAAACUACUCAAAAGAGCACAGUUAUUUUUAAAGAUGUUUGUCCUUAAAGUUCAAAUGUUUGUUGAAGGAAAAAAGAUUCUAUUUACAAUUGCAACAUACUGUAUAUUAU